AUGUUGAAUUAUUCUGAGGGUCUUUAUCUGCUCCAAGCUGAAGGAGUUCCGGCUUCCCGGCAUCUGAGUAACUGCAUUUAUCUUCCUGGUGUGACGAAGAAAGCUGUGUGGUGCUCUCAGGUGAGGCUGUGGGCUGUUGCUGUGACUUGCAUAGUGCUCCUCAGUGCUUGUUUCAUCAUGAACUGCAUGGCGACUUACCACUUCACAUAUGGCAAAAUCAACAAAAUGUUGUCUCUACUACACACAUAUUCAAGUCUAACUUGCUUCAGUGAAGGCACAAGCACCACAGAAAAAAUCUGGGGGUGCUGUCCAGGGACCUGGAAAUCAUUUGGUUCCAGCUGCUAUCUCAUUUCUACUGAACAGAAUUUUUGGAUGAAGAGUGAACAGAACUGUGUUGGGGUAGGGGCUCAUUUGGUGCUGAUUGGCACAGAAGCUGAGCAGAAUUUCGUUGUCCAACAUCUGAAUGAAAGCUUUUCUUAAUCCAGACUCUCAGAUCCACAAGGGAAUAACAACUGGCAAUGGAUUGAUCAGAUGUCUUUUACAGAAAAUGUCAGAUUUUGGCACCAAAAUGAACCCAAUUUUUCUGCAGAGCAAUGUGAUAUAAUAGUUUUCUGGACUCAUAAAGGAUGGGGUUGGAAUGAUGCUUUCUGUGAUACUAAGAGGCAUUCAAUAUGUGAGAUACAGAAGAUUUACUCAUGA